AUGCCUUUCAUGAAGAGUUUAGAGACAUCGUAUGAGUCUGACAAGAUCAAGGAUUCAUUCAUGCUCCUUCGGGCCUCCACAUGUGUAGGAGUCAAGAAGGAUGGGCGGCUGCGGUUGUGCGGUGACUUCCUUCUUACGGUGAAUGCUGACACCCUUAUGGAGCAAUAUCCGCUGCCGCGGGUUGACGAUAUCUUUGUGAAUCUCAAGGGCGGAGAAGCUUUCAGCACGUUGGAUGUGCGGAACGCUUAUAAUCAGCUGCCCCUGGACGAAGACUCGAAGAAGCUAGCUGUUCUGAACACUUACAGAGGUCUAUACUGUUUCAACAGGCUGGCCUUCGGGGUGUCUUCAGCGGCGGCAAUCAUCGAGCGACGCAUGGAAACCGUGCUCAGCGGGAUCCCCGAGGUGCAGGUGUAUCUGGACGACGGGCUGGAUACCGGCAUCGAGAGGACGAUACCGGCACCGUGGCCAGAAACAGGCCAGGAAUGGUCUCGGGUGCACACUGACUACGCAGGCACCGUCGAGGGACACAUGCUGCUGGUGAUCGUGGAUGCCGAGACACCAAGUGGCUAG